AUGGAACAAGUUAAAGUUUACAGAAGUGCAGUUAUUAAUGCGAGUGUGGAGACUGUGUGGCAAGUUGUGAAGAAUUUCAACGAGCUUCCAAAGUGGACGGGUGUUGUUUCGGAUAGUGUAUUGGAAGGUGGAAUGCAAGAUAAUUCAAUUGGAUGUGUGAGAGUUGUUUCUCUGUUGAAUCCGAAUCCUCAAGAUGAUAGACCAAUUAGAGAACAAUUAAUUGCCUAUGAUUCAAGAAAUCACUCCUUCACAUACAAGAUUUUAAGUGGACCUAAACCUUUCGAAUAUUUUAAUGAAUAUUAUGCAACAGUAACUUUAGUCAAAAUUACAGAUUCUAAUCAGACAUUCAUUGAGUGGAAAUCUGAAUUUACCUGUCCACAAGGAAACCAAGAACAAUUCGAGAAAUUUGCAGGUGCAGUUUACAUGAAGGGAAUUAAAUCUCUUCAACAACAAUUUCCUUAA